AUGUGUGGCGCCAUGCGCCGAUGGGCAUAUCUUCUUCUCCUCGCUGCAGUGGCCGUGUCGGCGUCGGAGACCACAUGCGACGGAAGGUGCCUCGAGGAUGAGGUCGAUUCGAAUGCGUUCCUCGUGCUCAAGUCCGGAGGCAGCCGGCCCUUGCUCUGGUUCCGGGGCUGGCGGAGGCACUUCCCGCAGGGCCGAUCCGGAUAUUACUCGAAGGCCGAAACAGAUGGGACCAACACAUCCCAGGCCCUAUCCACGACGAUGGAGGCGCCAACGACGACGACGACCACGAUGCAGGUCUUCUUUCCACGCUGCUUGAACAUCAGCGACGGCAGUUCGGAGCUCAUCAUUACCCUUGCCGGUUCUGUGACUUUCAACAAUGGGGCGUUUGCAAUGGUGCAGCUGACCGCGUUGAAGCCCGUCCAAGAUUUGAGCGUAUACAGCGUGGCGGUGACCGAUAAUUUGGGUACAAUACAUACUGCCGCACUCCCAUCGCAGACGUUGGAUGCAGGAGCCUCCUUUAACAUUGUCAGGCAGGUGGAUGAGAACGUGUUCCUGCAAUUUACGACCAUCGCAGCCGAUCUCUUGCUGGACAUCAGUCUUUUCUUUUAUGCCGCCAAGAUCAUGUCCAAUGUCAUCAUUGUGGAUGAAUGGAGCCGCGCAGUUGUCGUCUAUAGUCAACGGUACUACGUCCGAAGAUAUGUCAGUGGCGUGCUCCGCGCCUCUGACUGGUCAACACCCGGUCAGUAUAGCAACGAGGAAGUGAUGAAUUUGACCGACCUGCCUGCCCCCGACUGCGAGGUCAUUCAGCACGCCUCAACUUGCGAUCCGGACGAGGUCGGCAGAGACUGGCAGCUCGUGCGACGCUCCUUGAACGGCAGCUUCCCCAACACCGACCAACUCACUGGGACGGAUGUGUCCGGCUCCAGCCACAGCGACCCACUGGGGCCGGCCUUUUCUACUAGGUGGGAUGCCGGCAGCGGCAACGAGGUCUUUAACGAGUUCCUCUUUGCAACGGGCGAUUGCCAGUACUGGAUGAUCAUGAGCAAGGACGAAGUGAUCGGUUCAUAUUACGACAAUGGGUUGCGCACGGUCCUGAAGUCCUUCAAUUCCGCCGUGCCUUACCAAGCUAGGAUGUAUCGACGCUUGGGGUUUCCUGAAGACCCCUGGAUUACGUGGAGUGAUCAUUGGGAUCAAACUUGGGGCCCCGUCAGACAUUGCAACGCGCUCUACGUAGGGAACAACAAACCGGGACGGUGUACUGCUGGCAUACCGGGAAACCUCGAUCAAGGGCUCAACGUCUUCAUCCGGCAGGCCGUCUGA